AUGUCACUCUUAAAUGACGAUUCAUCAUACAAACUUCUGCCCAGCGACCCCACAAAAUCGCAAAACUCUUGCAUUGAGAAAACACUAAAACGCCUAGCAGGAAAGAAGUUAAUCUCAGGCAUUCUCGCCAACUCCUUAAAACAGGAUGAACCCACUAUUGCUAAAACAUAUGGACUUCCAAAAGUACAUAAAAUCGGCAUUCCACUGCGACUGGUUGUUUUCUUGAUCGGUGCACCCAACUAUAAAGUCUACAAGUGGCUUGUUCACCAACUAAACACACUUACAAAAAACUCUGAGUAUUUCAUUGAAAAUUCAAAAACCUUUCUAGACAAACUAAAAGGAAUCAAAGUCUCAACCGACGAAGUCAUGGCCUCAUCCGAUGUGGUCUCACUCGGCACCUCGAUGCCUCUGGCUUUAGCGAGAGGCAGCACUGAAGAACUACUCCAGGCCUACACCACUGAUGUACCUGCUGAUGCUUUACUCCAACUAUUAGACCUUUGUCUCGAAACCAGCCUUUCCUUCUCCGAGCUAUGCCAACAAAAACUUAAAUGGACCCCUAUGGGCUCGCCCAUAUCCGGCUUUCUGGUCGAAGCUGCAAUGCAGAAGUCGGAAUCAAUACCUCUCUCCACAACCGAAACAUAA